UUCAAAUAUUUGCUAAUUUCCCCCAAUUUAAUAAAUUCGAGAUGAAAAUGCAACGAAAUAAGUAAAAUAAAAAUGGAAAUAAAGCCGAAAAAAUGGUGUAUAAAGAUACAACUUAGCCUCCAUGUAUCCUGGUGACGGGCUCUGCAGGUUAGUGUCCAGUAACAAUGCAGUUCUUCUGCUUGAAACUGUUUCCCCUUUUAAUAUUGUCAAGCGUUUCUCUUUCAUUUCUUGUUUGUAUCAGUGAAUCUGUAAUAGAAUUACCAAAAAACAACACAAUUCCAGCACUUUUUGUAUUUGGAGAUUCCAUUGUUGAUACUGGCAACAACAACUGCAUUAACACAAUAGCUAAAGUCAAUUAUCCUCCAUAUGGACAAGAUUUUAUGGGAGGAAAGCCAACAGGAAGAUUUUCCAAUGGAAAAGUCCCUCUUGACUUAAUUGCUGAAGAAUUGGGAAUUAAAGCUCUUUUGCCUGCAUACCUCGAUCCAUCUCUACAAACUCAGGAUCUCUUAACAGGCGUAAAUUUUGCAUCCGGAGGCGCAGGAUACGAUCCUCUAACAUCUGAUGUGGCAUUGGUGUUUUCGUUAUCAGAUCAGUUAGCAAUGUUCAAAGAGUAUAUAAUGAAGCUUAAAAGGGCAGUUGGAGAAGAACAAACGUCCAAAAUCCUAAGAGAAAGUCUAGUUAUACUGGCUGUGGGCAGCAAUGACAUUACCAAUACAUAUUUUAGCACUCCUCUGCGAAAAUUCGUUUAUGAUAUUCCUUCAUAUGCCGAUCUAAUGGUCAGUUAUGCUUCCAGCUUUGUACAGGACUUGUACAAACUGGGGUCACAUAGAAUUGGUGUUCUUGGUUUACCACCACUUGGAUGUGUGCCAUCACAGAGAACUUUGAAAGGAGGAGUGUCAAGAAAAUGUGUAGACUCUUAUAAUCAAGUGUCACAAUUAUUCAACAAGAAGCUAUCAGACGAGUUGAACUUGGUUAACAGAAAAAUCCCAGAAGCACGGAUUAACUACCUCGAUAUGUACUAUCUUCUACUUGAUCUCAUCCACCACCCGGAAAAAUAUGGAUUUGGAAUUUCGAAUAUCGGGUGCUGUGGCACAGGAACGAUAGAAGUAGCAUUUCUCUGUAAAUAUACGUGUUCAAAUGUAUCUGAGUAUGUUUUCUGGGACAGUUUUCAUCUCACAGAAAAAGCAUACAGGCUUCUUGUCCGUCAGAUCCUGAAGCAAUAUAUGAAAGAUUUCAUCUGUGAAAAGCCAUUCUGCUGAUUUCAUUGACAAAGAACAUAAUUUGCCAUUCCACCACUUGAAGUACAGAUGCCAGCAUUAUUCUUCGUCUUGCUGUAAAUGACACUACUCAUCCUAAUAAAAUUUAAGUUUUAAGUUAUGAAUAAGUUGCUAAGAAGUUGAAUAUGUGUAAUGUAGAAAUUAUAAUAUGUCAUGGCAAGAGCAAGAAUGAAUUAAUCUUCAUGAUCAUGCUAAGUGUUGGCUUA